AAAAUAAUAUCUGAUUUGCUGAUAUCGGUUUCAAAGGCUGAGAGACAAGAGGCCAGGCUGAAAGUGCGGCAAGACUCAUUGAGACUUGGAAAUGUUGGUGUAAUCAGAGCUGGAACUGUCUUACCUGAAACGUGGGAAGAUGGUCAAGCAUUAUAUAAUAUCAAUCACUUGUGUACAGUAAUGCUUCUAAUAGCAAUGAGCAACAUGACAUGGAGAUCAAUUCUGCUUGUGUUGCAGCAGAGGAAGAUGUGGCAAAGAACAGCAAGGAUCUCUUUGAGCAGUUUGAUGAAUCAUCCUGCUGUUGUUGUGCCUAGGCUUCCUGCUGGUUUGAAUUUGCCUAGCCCAGAUUUUAAUUCUAUUUCAGUCAGGAGAUGUCAAGAUUAACUUUCAAUAUGGAGCUUGAUGCUGCUAAUGCAACUUAGUUAUCUAUUAAUAUUUUAGAUUAUCCUAUCUUUAAGUGCUAAGUGUAAUUUGUGACAUUCAUGUAACAUUGGGAUGGUCAUCUUAUUUUUUUGGGUAUUUUUUUAUUAAGACAAUGAGAUAUUGGCCAAUGAUGUUGAAAAAUAACAUCCAAUUUUAUAGGUAUCAUGUAAUGAAUAUUAUGUUUAUUUAUGUGAUUU